AUGGCAGCACCAACUCCCCAGUCCAAUUCGUCCUUACUAGGAGCUAUUACAACAGAACUAGACAAAAUAUCACCUAGGUUUGAGAUUAAACAGUCUCAAAUGGAGAUUUUGAAGUCUCCGACUGAAUUCUACGAAACUCUCAAAGCCAAAAUUCUGAAAGCACGACGAAGGAUAUACCUCUCCACACUUUACAUUGGAAAGACUGAGCAUGAGCUUAUCUCCACAAUACGCGAAGCUCUCAUCAAAAAUCCCGACCUUCAAGUCUCGUUCCUAACGGAUGCUCUACGUGGUACUCGAGAAACACCACUGCCGUCAUGUGCCUCUCUCCUCGUACCCCUUGUGGCUGAAUUUGGCCCCAAGAGAGUGGAGAUCCGGAUGUUCCACACUCCCAAUCUCACUGGUGUGCGGAAGCAGGUUAUACCUCGUCGAAUCAACGAAGGCUGGGGUCUUCAGCAUAUGAAACUCUACGGCGUUGAUGACGAACUGAUCAUGUCUGGAGCCAACCUCUCAGACGACUACUUCACCAACCGCCAAGACCGCUACCACGUCUUCUCCUCUGCAGAAAUAACCUCCUACUUCUCCAAAAUCCACUCCACCGUCUGCAGUCUCAGCUACCUCAUCGAACCGUCCUCAGAUCCCACAGGCUACACCAUGGCCUGGCCAACAACCAACCCCUCGCCCUCCCCUCUAGACAACCCCAAAGCCUUCAAAUCCGCCGCCACCACCACCCUAUCCCCCCUCCUAACCCUAUCAAACUCCCCAUCCCUCCCCUUUCCAACAUCCUCAUCCCCCACAUCCCCCUCCAAAACCCUAAUCUACCCCCUCCUCCAACUAACCCCCCUCCUCUCUCCCAACACCUCCACCGAACAACCCGCCAUCCACACCCUCCUCCGCCUGCUCUCCACCCCCCCCUUCACCCACUCCCGCUGGACCUUCACCGCCGGCUACUUCAACAUGACCCCCGCCCUGCGCCGCCUCCUCCUCGCCACCCGGCCCGCCCACGGCACCGUCCUCGCCGCCCACCCCCACGCCAACGGCUUCUACAACUCCCCCGGCGUGUCCGGCAUGCUGCCCGCCGCGUACACCCUCCUCGCGCGUCGCUUCCUCGGCUACGUGCGGCGCUCGGGGCAGAGCGAGCGCAUCGAGCUGCGGGAGUGGAAGCGGGGCGUUGUGAGCGAGGCGGGCGGGUGGACGUACCACGCCAAGGGCAUCUGGGUGACGCUGCCGGGCGAGGAGGGCGUGGGCCCGAGCGUGAGCGUCGUGGGGAGCAGUAACUACACGAAGCGGAGCUACGAGCUGGAUAUUGAGGCGGGGGUGGCGAUCGUGACGGGCGACGAGGGGCUGAAGCGGAAGCUGAGGGAGGAGGAGGUGUGGUUGCAGGAGCACGCGAAGACGGUGGGGAGGGAGGAGUUUGAGAAGCCGGAGCGGAGGGUGGGCGUGACGGUGCGGUUGGCGAUGUGGGUUGUGAGGGUGCUUGGGGGGGCGUUGUAG